AUGGUGGAAGACGAGUACGAGAAGAAGCCUGUCGAGGUUCGGGCGAUCGGGGCCUUGGGCCAGGGCUUCGACUUCGCCAGCGAUUUCAGGCUCAAGUUCGUCAAGCGGUGCCCUUGCGGCGGCGGCGGCGGAGGAUUACUUCUCCUAGACCACCACAGCAAGCGAGACGUCGUCCUUCCGGGAGGCCUAUCCAUACCAGAUGUGCCUGAGUGUAUACGUGUCGACAAAGGGGAUCACAUUCGCUUCAAGUCCGAUGUGCUCAAAUUCAACCAGAUGUCGGAGCUGCUCAAUCAGAAAUCGUCCGUACAGGGAAAAGUUCCGUCGGGGUAUAUGAAUGCUAUAUUCGAUUUGAGCGGAGCCUGGUUAAACGAUGCUCGGGAAGCCAAGUAUUUGGCUUUUGAUGGCUAUUUCAUUUCGCUUUACUAUUUGCAUCUGACCACGUCGCCUUUAGUUCUUCACGACCAUGUCAAGAAAUCUGUUCCAUCUAGAUGGGAUCCAGCAGCACUAUCCAGAUUUAUCCAAACUUAUGGAACACACAUAGUUGUGGGAAUGGCAGUUGGAGGCCAGGAUUUGCUUUGUGUUAAACAGAAGCCAUCUUCUCCAAUUCCACCAGCUGAACUCAAAGGAUAUUUGGAAGAACUUGGAGAUUGCCUUUUCUCUGAUGCUAAUAGUCCUAUAAUGGAGAGAAUGGCAAAAGAUACUAAGAAAAAGGUUCCAGAGGUGUUCAGCCGUAUGCUACAGGCACAUACGAUGCAGUUUACCAGCAUCACAGAAACAUCAAGCAAGGAUGGACUCACCCUUAUUUGGUCAAAAAGAGGAGGUGACGUGUUUUCACAAAGUCACUCCAGGUGGCUCCAGACCAUGGCAACUAACCCCGAAGCUGUACUUUUUAAAUUUGUACCAAUUACCUCUCUUCUGAAUGGAAUACCAGGGAGUGGCUACCUUAGCCAUGCUAUUAACUUGUAUCUACGAUAUAAACCCACUCUAGAGGAUUUGCCAUAUUUUCUGGAAUUUCAAGUUCCAAGUCAGUGGGCUCCUUUGUUCUGUGAGUUGCCCCUUCGGCAUCAAAGGAAGAUGACCUCAUUCCCUUCUAUACAAUUUAGCUUCUUAGGUCCAAAAGUUUAUGUCAGCUCCACUCAGGUCACGAGCGAUCAAAAACCAAUCACCGGUCUUCGUCUCUACCUGGAAGGCAAGAAAAGCAACCGCCUGGCGAUACACGUGCAGCAUCUCUCGAGCCACCCAAGCAUCAUGCCAGCUACUCCCACAGCACGAAAACCCCAGUGGCGGGGCUCGGAUGAUUAUGAGUCGUGCGAGCAGUUCUUAGAACCUGUCCGUUGGAAACAGUACUCGAACGUGUGCUCGUCCGUGGUCAAGCACGAUGACUCCUGGGUAGCCUCCAGUGGGGGCGUUUUCAUCGUGACUGGCGCACAGCUCGUCAUCAAGGGGAAAUGGCCGAGGAAGGUCCUUCACCUCCGACUGCUCUACACUCAUUUACCCAACUGCAGCAUUCGCAAGACAGAAUGGGCUUCCGUGCCCGAAUCCUCUCAAAAGUCGAGUUUUUUUACAAAUCUUAGCACGACCUUCACGUUCACCCAGCGGUCAGUAGCGGACCCCACAAAGCAGCAGCCCCAGGCGGCUACCCUCAACUCAGGGGUGUACCCGGACGGCCCACCCGUCCCGGUUCGGUCUGCGAAGCUGCUCCAGUACGUGGAGACUGCUGAGGUCUCGCGCGGGCCGUACGACGUCCCUGGGCAUUGGCUUGUCACGGCUGCUAAGUUGGUGACAGAUGGCGGCAAAAUCGGUUUGCAUGUCAAGUUUGCUCUAUUGGAUUACUCGCAGGAUGUGUAG